AUGUACGUGGAUUUCAUGGAGCAAUACUUGGACCUCAACCAUAUGAAGCCGGCUCCCCUGUCGACUAUUGGAUCUCUACAGCGAACCUGCUACCUUCCUCACCACGGGGUCCUGCGCGAAAGCAGUGCCUCUACUAAGUUGAGAGUGGUCUUCAACGGUUCGAGCUCUUUGGCCAACGGCGACUGUCUCAACCGAUUCCUGAUGACGGGACCCAACCUGCUUCCCGCCCUAGCUGACAUCCUACUACGGUGGAGAAGGCACCGGUUCGUCUUUGCUACCGACAUUGAAAAAAUGUACCGGCAAAUCCUGGUGCAUGCCGAUGAUCAGAGCCUGCAAAGAAUAUUGUGGAGGAAGGACUCGGAGACAGAGAUCAAGGAAUAUUGGCUGACUACUGUGACUUACGGUUUAGCCUGCGCUCCAUACUUGGCCAUCCGCACGCUGCAUCAGCUCGCCGUGGACGAAGGCGAUCGUCAUCCUGAGGGAGCCGCGGUCCUCCGCUCCGACGUUUACAUGGACGACAUCCUGUCUGGAGCUUCUACCCUCCAGGAAGCCAAGGAAAUCCUCCGACAGCUUGUUCUGGUCUGCAAGGUGGGAGGCUUCCCUCUGAAAAAAUGGUCAGCUAAUCACCCGCAGUUACUUUCGACAUUACCUACCGAGGACUGCCUCCAGCAAGAGGCAAGAUGGUGGCUGCCUGGGAAAGUCAUGCCACCCUGGGAUUACGGUGGCAACCUUGCGACGACCUCUUCUCCUUCGCCACCAGCCAACCAACGCUGCCCACGAUCACUAAGCGGUCAGUCUUAUCGUUGA